GCCAGUCCACGGCAACAUUAGAGGAGAGACAGCAGAGGAGGCGUGUGUGUGCAUCUGUGCAGUGAGAGUAAAAGCACAGUGACUACUUCUUCUCUUUUUUGUGGAGUGAGUGUUGGUGGCUCAGUGUGUGUGUGUGUGUGUGUGUGAGAGAGAGAGAAGCCAGAGAAGCAGAGUACAUGUGUGUCUGUGUUGUUGAAGGAGAUGCUGCUGGGUGUGAUGGCUCUUUUGCAUUAGUACUUGAGCGGACAGGAGAGUUGGAGCCAGUUGUUUUGUGGGACUCGCGGGGAAUGGCAAACUCCACCGUAGCCUUGGAAACAUCCAACUAAAUGACAAUGGCUGAGGCUAUCUGCUGCACUUUGGUGAACUGUAACUGUGACAGCUUCAAGCCUGGGAAGCUGAAGAGGAGGCAGUGUGAGAACUGCAAGCAUGGCUGGGUAGCACACGCCCUGAGUAAGCUCAAGGUGCAUCACAUGUACCAGAGCAGCCAGGUGGAGAUUGUGCACUCCAACGUGGUGUUUGAUAUCUGCAGCCUGAUGCUGUACGGCACCCAAGCCAUCCCCAUACGCCUCAAGAUCCUGCUGGACCGCCUUUUCUCCGUCCUCAAGCAGGAGGAGGUUAUUCAGAUCCUCAACGCACUCGACUGGACACUGCAGGACUACAUCCGAGGAUAUGUGCUUCAGGAUGUAGCAGGGAAGGUGCUGGACCGGUGGGCCAUCAUGACAUUUGAGGAGGAGAUUGCCACGCUGCAGCAGUUCCUGCGUUUUGGAGAGACCAAGUCCAUAGUGGAGCUGAUGGCUCUGCAGGACAAGGAGGGCCAGGCGGUACUGGUUCCCAGCACCCGUACCAACUCAGAUAUCCGCACUUUUAUUGAGCGCAACACCCCACGCACUGCUGCCAACCUCUCUACAUCCAAAGUUGAGAAGCUGAGUGGCAACAGCAUGCACCACUUUGAGAACUUUAUCAACAGUAUGGCCUUCAUGCUGCCAUUCCAGCUGUUAGGCUCUGUUCCUGCACCGUUUCUGGGCUCACCGACAGGGACACUGCAGCAACAACACCAGCAACACCAGCAGCCAUGCCGUGGAUCAGUGGAGCAGCAGAGUCAGAGACGAGAUGAUCAAGGGCAGGACAGUCUAGGGAGGGACCCCAUCUCUCUUUCACACCCUCCAGAUAGCAGCCUGCUAGGUUCAAGCUCUGUCUUAUUCCCUGCUGAUCUAGACCGAAGUGGAGACAAGCCAAUGGACUGUCUCUCCACCACAACAAAAAUCGAGGCCGAGGACUUCUCCACUAGUGACAACUACUCAGAUGGACCCUCCACACCAUGCACGCCCUCCAUGAGCUCUGAUGUAACACAGAUGUCACCUGAGAGCAAGUUGCGCUCUCUGGACAGGAACGGGAAUGGCAAUGGUGGGGUCUCAGGAGGUGGUGGGGGAGGAGGUUCUCUGAAGAAGGGUCGUGUAUUUUGCAAUGCCUGCGAGAAGACAUUCUAUGACAAAGGUACACUGAAAAUCCAUUACAAUGCAGUGCACCUGAAGAUUAAGCACAAGUGUACUAUUGAGGGCUGCAACAUGGUGUUCAGCUCGUUGCGUAGUCGCAAUCGCCAUAGUGCCAACCCAAACCCACGGUUACACAUGCCCAUGAACCGGAACAACAGGGACAAAGACCUGCGUGGCAGCUUGUCUGCUGAUGAGGGCUCUCAAGGAGAGAAGAGGCCCGAAUAUGGAAUCCCCAUCCCUGUCUGCUCUGCAGAAAGCCAUAAGUCAGUGCCCAGCUACAUGGUGAGCCAUGUAGACACUAGCUCUAAACUCCACAGCAGCUCAUUCCCUAGCAUGAGCCAGAGUGGCAUCCUCUUCCCCAAUUUAAAAACAGUACAGCCAGUUCUGCCUUUCUACCGCAGCCUGGUAACCCCGGCAGAGCUUGCAAAUACCCCAGGAACACUGCCCUCACUUCCUCUGUUGUCCUCCUCUGUACCCGUCAAACCCGUGACAGCCCCUGAACCCUACAUGACAGACCCUAUACCAAAGAAAAAGUCUCGGAAGUCAAGCAUGCCAAUAAAAAUAGAGAAGGAGGCAGUGGAGCAAGAUGAGCAGAUGGAUAAGGACAGCAGCUCUGAGGAUGAGGCGCCGUUGCAAGCUAGGGACCAGGUAAAGUGUGAUGGUAGCCGAGCAGAGGGCAACAUGUGCACAAGACAAGCUGGGGAGGAGAAAGAACCAAGAGGGGCUUACAUUGGUGAAGAGAAGGAAAGGGAGGGUGCUAAGCAUCUGUUGGACCAAACCUUAGAAAGAGAAAUGACUGAGAGGGAGGACAAAGAUGAUGGGCCAAGGCAAGCAGAAACAGGGGUUAUCACCUGUGCCCCUCCCCCCUUCGAAAACAGACUGAUGGAGAAUCACUGUGACAGCAACUUACUCUGCGCGGAACCCAAUGGCAAUGAAGAAAGAGAGGAUGGGGACCAUGCAAACACGCUGCAUAUAGCCGACAAGAUUUCAGAGCUCAGCUGGCAUGAGGGUGAGCACAGGCUGACUAACGGGGGCGAUCCCCAGCUCAUAGACCAUGACAGGGAUGGAUCCGACGGCUGUGCAGACGACUAUGGUGACUCAGGUUCGUCUCACCUUGACCCCAAUGCUGACCUGCCACACCACUGUGAGAUCUGCAGUAAGACCUUUAAGAACCCGUACAGCGUCAAGAUGCACUACCAAAAUGUCCACCUGAAGGAGAUGCACAUGUGCACAGUGGACGGCUGCAAUGCUGCCUUCCCCUCCCGCAGGAGCCGAGACAGACACAGUGCAAAUUCGAACCUGCACCACAAGCUGCUGACCAAAGACUCAUUCAGCCCAGUCAACAAUAUCUACACGCCCUCAUCCCACUGUAGAGACAGAGACUCUGUUGGCCUGGACUACUGCCAAGACCAACGGGACAGAGAUCUGCCCCAUCGAGACCCAGCCAGCCAGACCUCCGUCAUCUUCCGAGGACACAACCGUAUGGGCCUGGUCUUCCCUAUGAGCAAAAUGUCUACAGCACCAUUCAAUGCUGAGCCAUCUCCCUUAGCAGAGAUGGAGGGAUUAGGACGAGGAGGAGAAGGUGGUGAAAGUGUGGAGGAUGGGGCAGUCCUGGACCUGAGCACCUCGUCCUCUGCUCCGCCUCGUGGCAAUGGCAGUGCUCAAUCUUCCUGGGACUCAGAUGGAGCUGGUAGUGAGGAAGGGGAAGGGAUUGAAGAGGAUGAGGAGGUGCUCCCCAUGGAGGACAGCGAUGAAAGCUGCGAUGGGAUCGGCGUGGGGAGGCCUGGGGGUGAGGAGUUGGCACUUGUGGGAGAGAGGACCCUGGGCUGCAUUGGGGGAGGACAAGGCGGGAUUCAGGGAGGUGGGGGUGGAUCUCCAAUAACCUGCCACGUCUGCCAAAAGGUCUACAGCAACAAAGGAACAUUCAGAGCCCAUUACAAGACUGUCCAUCUGCGACUGCUUCACAAGUGUAAAGUCCCCGGCUGCAACACAUCCUUCUCCUCUGUGCGAAGCAGAAACAGGCACAGCCAGAACCCAAACCUUCACAGGAACCUGGCUGUCAGCUCAGGUGCCGCAAUGGAUCAGGAGUAAGGAUUUGAACUUGUGUGCCAACAUGACUGAUUUCCUUUGUUCCAAGUGUCUUUUUGUUGCUGUUGUUUUUCAUUUUUGGGCACCUAAAGAAGGCUCACCAAUUAGCACUUUUAAAAUUCCAUCCUGUUGUCAUAUUUUGGGUAAAAGAGAGGAAAAAAAAGAUAUACAAUCAUGAGUUCAUUUGUUGUGGCAAAUGCAACUUGCUUUUGGAACAAAUGGCUUUUACUGCAAGGCAAAAAAAAAAAAAUUCAUAAAGUAUUACAUGCAGCUGUCUGUAUUUCCACAUCAACGUG